AAAAUUUAGGAAAAGACCCCGGCCUCCUCUUGAAGGUACAGCAGUGUAUGUAAAAUGGCAGCUCCUAACAAGAUGUUUCUGGAGAAACUGAGCCACAAAAAGAACAGGAGAGCCCUGAAAAAAGAAAAACGGAAGAAAAGAAGGCAGGAAGCUGCCCGACUGAGAGACUCAGAAAUGUCACAAAGGGAAGAGGAGGAUAUUAUUGAAGAACAACUAGAAGAAGAAAAGCUGUUGGAGAUACAGAGGCAAAGCUUACAUGAAGAAUGGUUGCUCAGGGAACAGAAGGCGCAAGAAGAAUUCAGAAUAAAGAAGGAGGAGGAAGAGGCUGCUAGAAAAUGGCAAGAAGAACAAGACAGAAAGUUGAGGGAAGAAUGGGAAGAACAUCAGAGAAGAGAAAGAGAACAGAAGGAGCAGAUGCUACAGAGGAAGAGGGAAAGAGAGUUGGAAAGUCUAGCCACCUGGCAAAACCCAGAACCACCCAUGUACUUAAGAGUAACAGAGAAAGAUCAAACUAAAUGCCCAUUCUACAGUAAAACGGGAGCUUGCAGAUUCGGAGAUAGGUGUUCACGUAAACAUGAUUUCCCGACAUCGAGCCCCACGCUCCUCAUUAGAAGCAUGUUUACAACGUUUGGAAUGGAGCAGUGCGGAAGGGAUGACUAUGACCCUGAUGCCAACCUGGAGUACAGUGAAGAGGAGACCUACCAGCAGUUCCUGGACUUCUAUGAGGACGUGCUCCCUGAGUUCAAGAACGUGGGAAAGGUGGUCCAGUUCAAGGUGAGCUGCAACUUGGAACCUCAUCUGAGGGGCAAUGUGUAUGUUCAGUAUCAAUCAGAAGAAGAAUGCCAAGCAGCCCUUUCUCUGUUUAACGGACGAUGGUAUGCAGGACGACAGCUUCGGUGUGAAUUCUGCCCAGUGACCAGGUGGAAAGCGGCAAUUUGUGGUUUAUUUGAAAGAAAACAAUGCCUAAGAGGAAAAUACUGCAACUUUCUUCAUGUGUUCAGAAAUCCCAACAAUGAAUUCUGGGAAGCUAAUAGGGACAUGUACAUGUCUCCAGAUCUGUCCGACUCUUCCUUUCACAAGAACUCAGAAAGGAUGGCCCACCAAGGUGAGUACUAUGGCAGGCCCAGGAAGAGGAGAAGCCCAAGUCCCACCCAGAGGAAAAGUAAUCACAGGGAGAAGAAAUCUCACAAACACAUGGCAGAAAAUCGUGAAAGGUUCAGUUCACAAAGUAGAGAAAGAAGAAGGGACCAUGGCCAUAGUCAGGGCAGCCUGAGUGGAGGGAGCCAGAGCCAUCGAAGUCACAGCAUUAACUUCUCUAGACACAGGAAUCCUGGUAGGAGGAGGUCAGGCAAUAGAGAGAGAACUAUUUCAAGUUCCAGUUUCAAAUAAACUAUUUAUUAUGGCCAAUACAUUACUUGGAUAGAAGGCCCUGAACUCAGAAAGGAUAGCAAGUUUGACACAUGUAGAUGAAUCCUGUUUAAAAACCAUAAGCAGUUUAAACUAUGUAAGAAUUACUUGUAAUCCUAACCCUUGGAAAUAAAUCAAUAGUUGAGUAUUGCUUUAAACUUUUUUCUUCUUAUGGUUAUAUACACAUUUUCUUAUACAUAGUUAAGAUUAUAAGUGACUUUUUUAUUUUUACAUAUAACACUUGGCAAUAUUUUAUUAACCUAUCUGUUUAGGUGAUUUUAUUUACAGUGUGGCUAUGUCAGUUUACUUAACACAUCUCUAUUGUAUUUUAAACUUAUUUAUAAUUUUGCAUUAUUAAAGAAUCUUAUGAUAGUUCUUUAAAUAAUUUGAAAUAAUUUCUUUGGGAUAAAAUUACAUUAACUGACAUAACACUGAAGUAUUUCUAAAUUGCCUUUUACAAGAUAACAAGAAAUUUACCAGCAAUACGUUUUGCUAACUCUAUAAUCCAAAUUAUUUUAAUCUUUACCAGA